CCACGAUACGGUGGUUUAGAACAACAAAGGGACCCUACCUCUGACUCUUCUCCACCACCAUUCCCAACGCCAUGGAGGAGGAAUUUUCCAAUGCGGUGGAGGAGGGGCUGAGGCUCUCCAAGAGGGUAUACUUCGGCAAUGACAGGGCGGUUUCUCCUCCCAAACCUCCAAUGGCGAUGAUCAAGUCCCACACCGCUUGGCUUCCAACCGCACCCAUGCUCUACGCGCGAAUUCACGACCCUGCCAUCGUUGACAACCCUGAUGUCCCUAGCUACCAGCCUCACGUGCAUGGCAGGUGCGACCCGCCCGCGCUCAUUCCCCUUCACAUGACUGCCGUUAACCUCCGUGCCGAUUGCUACCUCGAUCACACCGCCUUCCUCACGCUCACCGCCUCCUGGAGGCUACAUUGCGUCUCCGGCAGCCGUGCCGCCGAUUGCCUCCUCGCCCUUCCCAUGGCCGCUCAGGGUUCAAUUCUAGGUGUGGAGGUUAGUGUUCAUAGAAAAUCUUUUUCUACUCAACUGGUUGAUAUGGAAGACAACAAUGGCAAGGAGAAUGUGACAAGAACUCAAGAUGGAGGCUUUCUUAAGCCUGAUGUGUUUACUUUGACUAUACCGCAGAUAGACGGAGGUUCAAAUUUAUCAGUUAAAAUUAGUUGGUCUCAGAAGAUACAAUGCAGCAAUGAUGUGUUCUCCUUGAAUGUGCCAUUUGUCUUUCCUGAUUAUGUCAACCCUGUAGGGAAGAGAAUAUCAAAAACAGAAAAGAUACAAAUAAAUGUGAAUACUGUUACCGGUAGUGAGGUUCUUUGCAACACAACCAGCCAUCCCCUGAAGGAAGUGAGGCGCAAUGCUGGGGAUAUUGGUUUCUCAUAUGAAUCUAAUGUUCUCUCAUGGUCAAAAAAUGAUUUUAGCUUUUCAUAUGCUGUUUCUUCAAGUCAAAUAAACGGUGCUGUUUUUUUGGAAUCUGCAUCUGUGGAUGAUUUUGAUCAGAGAGAGAUGUUCUGCAUGUACCUUUCUCCUGGAAAUCUUCGGAGUAGGAAGGUAUUCAGAAGAGACAUCGUAUUUGUUAUUGACAUAAGUGGAAGCAUGCGGGGAAAGCUAAUUGAAGACACAAAGAAUGCACUAUCAGCUGCACUCUCUAAGCUUGACCCUGAGGAUUCAUUUAGUAUUAUAGCAUUUAAUGGAGAGAGAUAUCUAUUUUCAACAUCAAUGGAAUUGGCCUCAAAGGAUGCUGUUGAAAGGGCUAUUGAGUGGAUUAAUAUAAACUUUGUUGCAGGGGGUGAUACAAAUAUUUUGCAACCCUUAAACAAGGCAAUGGAAAUGCUAUCUGAUGCUCGAAGUUCAGCUCCAAUUAUUUUCCUAGUUACAGAUGGAAGUGUUGAAAAUGAGAGACAAAUUUGUGAUAUGGUAAAGAACCACAUGAUCAAUGGCAAGUCAACAGCCCCUCGAAUUUACACUCUUGGCAUAGGUUCAUUUUGCAAUCACUACUUCUUGCGGAUGCUUGCUAUGAUUAGUAGGGGUCAACAUAUUGCAGCAUUGGAUGUAGAUUUGGUUGAGCCUCAAAUGCUAAAAUUGUUUGACAAAGCUUCAUCUCUUGUUCUUGCAAAUAUCACAAUGGACAUAUUCAAUGAUGUGGAUGAAGUUGAGGUGUGUCCUUCCCCGAUUCCAGAUCUUUCGUCAGAUGGUCCAUUGGUUAUAUUCGGAAGAUACAAGGGAAGUUUUCCCGAAGUUAUUGAAGUUAAAGGUGUCUUGGCUGAUUUCAGUAGUUUUAUAACAGAUAUGAAGAUACAAAAGGCUAAGGACAUACCUAUACAAAGGGUUUCUGCAAGAGAUCAAAUAGAGUAUCUUACUGCUCAAGCAUGGCUUUCAAAUGAUAAACAGUUAGAACAGAAGGUUGCAAAACUGAGCUUACAAACUGGCUUUACGUCCGAGUAUACAUGGAUGGCAAUGCUUGAGAAUGACGAUCUAAAGAAGGUAAAGGAAUCAGGUGGAACGAAAGUUUCAAAAAAGAGGCAAAAAGGGGGAAAUGUCCAAGACCAGAGAAUGAUUUUGCUCCCAAACUUAGGUAUAGGCUUUGGCAACUUGACUGCAACUGCUGAGAACACUGUACCUGGAUCUGGAGAAACAAAAUUGCCUGAUGGUGCUGAAAUGUUUGUUAAGGCGGCCUCAAAUUGUUGCAGCUCUAUCUGCAAUUACUGCUGUUGCAUGUGCUGCCUCCAGGCCUGUAUCCGGAUAAACAACCAAUGUGCAACUGUCUUUACUCAGCUUUGCGUUGGUUUAGGAUGUUUCAGCUGCAUCCGCUGUUGUUCAGACACAUGCUGUUCUGGAAAUGAACACUGAAAAACUCAAAAUGUUAUAUGAUUAUUGCACACCACAUAGAAGUCACUGUUUGGUGGUCUUUUAUUUAAGGAAAUGUAUAUGCUUUGUCAUCGGUUUCAUUUCUAUAGCUUUUCUUUUUCUUUCUAGAAUUCUGUUGUAUAGAUUUUCCAAAAGCAUAGGACAGCAUGUUAAAAUAUGCAACAGAAGGUCAAGUUUCAGUGUUUAAUCUGUCACAAAAGAAACAUCGUCCUGUCAAAUAUAUUUUUCAUUCCCUCA